CCCAAAUCCCAAUCUCUGUCUCCUCCUUUGAACCGGCGCUCGUCUCUCUACUUCGCGUUCGCCGGCGCCGCCACCACCGCCGUCGUCGAGUACUUGGUCUCCGUCACCCCCCGGGCCUCAGCAUGGCUGCAGUGGUGAAAGCACAUAAGGAAUCCAGUUAUCCUCUUGUGGAUGAAGAUGGCAUGUUGGAUUCUCCUGAAAGUGUGCAUAGUGAUGACGAUACAAUAUUAACAACGAAAAAGAAGCCUCAUCGAAAAUAUCAGAAUGUUACAAAGAAGUGUGGGGUUUGCUAUUUGAGUCGUGUUCCUCCUCACAUGGACCCUACAAAACUCCGUCAAAUCCUUUCUCAAUAUGGAGAUAUACAACGGAUAUAUUUAGUUCCAGAAGAUCCUACGGCUCAAAUGCAUCGUAAACGAGCUGGUGGAUUUAGAGGGAAACAGUUCAAUGAAGGGUGGGUUGAGUUUACAGAAAAGAGGGCUGCGAAGAAGAUUGCAAAUAUGCUAAAUGGAGAACAAAUAGGUGGGAAGAAGAGGUCAUCCUUUUAUUAUGACAUCUGGAACAUUAGGUAUUUGAGCAAAUUUACUUGGGAUGAUCUGACAAAUGAAACAGCUGAAAAGAACCAUAUACGAGAGCAGAAACGAGCUUUGGAGGCAUCUGGUGCAAAAAGGGAGCGCGAUUUUUACUUGUCAAAAGUUGAGCAAUCACGUGCAUUAAGUUCUAUUGAAGAGCGCAUAAAUAAGAAACGGAAGACUGGAGAAACAGAGUUGAGCAAAAAGGAACCUAAGGUUAUUCGCCAUUUUCGACAGAAUCAGCCAAUUACUGCAGAUACUGCACAGAAGAAACAAAAAUUAUCCAAAGACAUUUUGGCAGGGCUUUUGGGUGUCGGUUCUUGAUUUACUACAAAUUACUUGCCAAGUAACAAGAAUUAAAAAAAAAAAAAAAAAAAAAAAAAAAAAUCAAAUCUAUGGCAAUUUCUGACUACUUUGAGAAGCUAUCACCAAAUUAUCUCUAAGGUAUGUAUCAAUCAAAGAUGAUUUUUUGCCACAUUUUUCUCUUUUAUUUUAGUGUGACAAAUUAACAUAAAGAAAAUUUCUGCUGCUAGCGUGUUACUGGAAAUGCAGUUGUUUUUGUAAUUGUUACAAUUUUGCUCUAAUGGUUACUUCUAUGAGAGAUCAGAAUGACAUCAUUUUAAUAUGUUUGUCCUCAAAUGCAAAACUUAGAGAUGGCUCACCUCUUCA